CCAAAUUACCCCCUUCUUUCUUUUUCUGCUGCCGUCUCUCACUCUCUCCUCUCUUCCACUUUUUCUUCUUUUUUCGUUCCUUUCUUUCUCUCCUCUCUUCCUCCGUCAUCUCAUCCUCCUCUCCUCUCCUCCACUCAAUUUUCUUUUCUUUUUUCUUCUUCUUUCUCCUCCUCUCUCUUCCUUCGUCAUCUCCUCUUCUUCACUUUUCCCCUUCAUCUUUUCCCUUCUUUAUCUCCUCUUAUUUCUCUCAUCUCUCUUCCAGAUUUGAGCUUGGCAGCGAUGGUGGCGGCAGCAAUGGUGGCGACGACGAUGGUGUUAGCGGGGAUGAUGGCGUUGCUGGUAAGGGUGGCACCGAUGUUAGGGGGCGGCGAUGGUGAGGAUGCGUCCGUGGGCUAUGUCGGUGAUGGUGAGAGUGGAGCGAUUAUGGUGGAGGGGGAUGGUGGAGAUGGUCGGAGAAUGGAUGGAUGGUGGAGCUGACGGCAAUGGCUGGGCUGGCGGCGAGGAGGGGAGGGGCUACGGUGGAGGCUGUGGUGGGUUCUCAAUGGUGGCAGGGCUGGGAAAGGAAGAGAAGGCUUUGAACAAGGAUUCUCGACCAAUUGGCAGCCGUCAGAUCGGAGAUGGUGUGCACGAGCCAAUCAUCGUGGAGUUCACUACAUCGGCAUCCUCAGUCAUCCAAAUGGCCCCAAUUUAGGCUUCGAACAAGGAUUCUCAACCAGUUGGUUGUCAUCAAAUCAGAGAUGGAGUGCGAGAGUCAAGCAUCGCGGAGUUCAUUAUAUCGAGCAUCCUCAGAUUCUUCUCUUAUAAUUGAGAGCUAGCUCAACAAAUCAAACGAGGAGGAUUGACUUUCUCAUGCGUUCUUCUCUUUCUAAGCUACUCCAUUUAUUUUAGCCUCGAGUUUAGCCAAAUUCACUCUUCCGAAAUGGGCUUUCACCAUGAUUUC